CGGUCACACUGAUUAGAUGUUUACAACUUUGUGCUUGCAAAUUAAUUGAAAAUAAUUAAAUAAUUUAGAACAGAGCCAGGAUGGCCCACUAUAAAGGUGCCGCCAGCGAGGCGGGCCGUGCCGCCCAGCUGAUGAAGAAGCGCGAGAUCCAGCAGCAGGAGAUCGAGUUCCGCAAGAAGAAGAUCGAGGAGGAGCUGAAGCUGGACAAGAUUGAGAACAAGUUUGCUACCCACUAUGAUGCCGUGGAGCAGCAGCUCAAGUCUUCGACCAUUGGUCUGGUCACCCUGGACGAGAUGAAGGCCAAGCAGGAGGACAUAGUGCGGGAAAGGGAAAAGAAACUUGCCCAGAAGAAGGACGAAAAGGAUCGGGAGAAGCAGCGCGCCCUGGAGGCCAUUCAGGCGGAGAAAAACAAGCAGAAGCGACAGAUUCAAGCGCUGUCCUUUAACCCGGAUGAGGACGAGGAGGAGAACGAAGACGAAGGCGACGAGGAACCCAAGAUAAAGAUCGAGGACGAGAAGCCCCCAAAAGCCAAAUGGACUGAGAUGAAGGACGAGAUUGUGCCCAUAAAGAAAAAGAAGAUAUGCAAAAACCCCGAUGUGGACACCUCCUUUCUGCCAGACCGCGAGCGCGAGGAGCAGGAGAACCGACUGCGCGAGCAACUGCGUCAGGAAUGGGUAAUGCAGCAGGCAGAGCUCAAGGACGAAGACAUCUCAAUCACGUUCAGCUACUGGGAUGGCUCCGGCCAUCGGCGUAAUGUCCUGAUGAAGAAGGGCAACUCCAUCUAUCAGUUCCUGCAAAAGUGCCUGGAGCUACUGCGCAAGGAGUUCAUCGAGCUAAAGACGGUGAUGGCCGACCAGCUGAUGUACGUCAAGGAGGAUCUGAUCCUGCCGCACCACUACUCCUUCUACGACUUCAUUGUGACCAAGGCUCGCGGAAAAUCCGGUCCGCUGUUCCAGUUCGACGUCCACGACGAUGUGCGCAUGAUCAGCGACGCCUCCGUGGAGAAGGAGGAGUCCCACGCUGGCAAGGUGCUCCUCCGGUCCUGGUACGAACGCAACAAGCACAUAUUCCCCGCCAGCCGGUGGGAGCCCUAUGAUCCCACCAAGUCCUACGACAAGUACACCAUCAAGGAUAAGGAUAAGAGCAAAAAGUAGGAUUCUGGAUGGAUUAAUAACCUUUCUACCUUAUUAAUUGUACUUUACGUUAAUAUAAAAAUGGAUUUAACUAUUUUGUUCAUUCAAACACAUUUAUUUUAAAUAAAAACAGUAAUAAAGAAGGAA